AUGGAGCACAUUUUGAGCGAAAUAAGUGGUAUUUGCAGGCUAUGCUUGUGCGAAGGAGAUGAAAUUCUGAUUCCUGCUAGACAAAUACUAGAUUGUCCGUCUGCUAUAGACGAUACAGAGCGCUGUACCGGAAUUCGGAUAAUCGAAGAAAGGAACAUAUCGUACAGCAUUUGUGAAGACUGCAGUAGCAAGUUGAAGAGCUUUACAUCUUUUCGUAGUUUAUGUUUGUCUAAUGAUACGAUGUUUAAGAAAUGGUUCCCUAUGUUAUUCGAAAAUGAACUCAGCGAUGCUAAACGAGAACAAUCGGAAGCUUUCUUUCGACUGGACCAACACCAGCCAAACAAAACAGAAUCUACUGACCACAUCGGGUAUAUAACAUCGUAUGAGGAACCAUCGCUUGAGAAUUAUGUUGAUAAAGCCGAGUAUCUAGAGGUUGACUACAGUGAAACGGUCUGUAGUAUGAACGACAGUUCAGCGAAUGAAUGUGACUUAGAGAUCGGUGAGGUUGCAAAGGAAGAUCUCAAGGUAGCUCUUUUGCAUGAUGUUGGAGCUGAUUCUGCUAAAGAAGGCGAAGAAGACGAGCUGUUUUCCAAAAAUGUGAUGAUAGAACAGAAAUAUUUACGUAAUCUUAACCAAAGCGUGGAGUCUCAGUGCAGCAUCAGUAUAACAAAGUCGUUACAAGCUGGAAGCGAGAAAUCGGCGAAAAUGUCCCAAAAGCAGCUAUGUCCGAUAUGUGGAAAAAUGGUGUAUGACGUAUCGGGCCAUAAGCUAUCACACUCGAACGAGAGAAAGUAUGCUUGUCCGCACUGUUCGAUGGCUUACGGUCGUAAAGCGUAUUUGAAUUUUCACGUGCGAUCGGUACACCAGAAAAAGGUAGUAAAAACGUGUGAAAUUUGCGACCGGGAUUUCGCUUACAAAACUGGCUAUGAUGCGCACAUGCGAGCCCGACACAACGUAGGGAAGUGGUACGAAUGUAAACCAUGCAAUAUGAAAUUUCGUCAUCCCGGAGGCUUGAGAGCCCACAAGAAUCGCAAACACAACGAUGAAAGCAACUGCGAGUGUCCCGUUUGCGGAAUGAUAUUCCUAGACAAAAUGGGGUUGAGGAAUCAUAGCAGAGUACACUCGUCCGAGAAAAUGUUUGCUUGCAAGUAUUGUCCCAAACGCUUCCGAAGUCCUAACGCCCACAGGGGACAUGAGCUAACCCAUCUCGGAGUAACCUUCCCAUGUCCACACUGCCCGAAAUCCUAUCGGUACAAACAAAAUCUCAAAAUUCACCUGUCGAAGCAUUAUGUAUGAUCAUUAUGAACAAAUGUUGAAUGUGUUUAACUUCUUAUCUGUUGCCAGUUCACACUUAAUUGUGGACUCGCCAUGACUCGCCAGAACUGAUUAAU